AUGGAAAUCACAACCGCCUUGAUUUGGACUCUCCGAAUUGUACUGCCGAUCAUCCUCUUUUGUAUUUACUUUAGAUUCCAGUCGUCAAAGGACGAUCAGCUGCUCCUGGGCAGUUCAGGCAAGAACAAGUACCCCAGAAGUAAGCUCCUCGCACACAGAAAGGCGGUCCCUGGGGACGAAGUGCCCAAGGAGCUUGCGACCGUGGCUCUCAAGACUCAGGCUGAGGCGCCUGAGCUCUUCCAAGGGGGCGAGCGAUCUGGCAAGGGAAAAGGCGGAGGAAAGAAAGGCCGCGAGCCUCGAGAGGACCGACCAGAAAAGGGUGGCAAAGACCGCGACAGGCGCCCUGCCCGGGACUCUGAGAAGACCGAGAAGCCAAAGAGGAAAGAAAAAGAUGCAGAGAACGGAUCCGUGCCGGUGGAGACGAUCCCACCUGUGCAGCUGGCAGAGGUGCCCACAGAGCUCCCUCCGUCAGCACAAGGGGCCCUGGAUCUCAAGGAAUCGGAGGAGAAGAUGAACUUGGAAUCUUUCCUCAACUAUGUGGCCUUCAACAAGAAGACCCAGGCUCCAACUUCCCAAGUGCUGGACCUCAGCGGAGCCAGUGCAGAGAGAGCGAACGCCGAGGCUCAGAUGGUUCUGCGCGGAUCCAUGGGUUUCAAGCGCGUCGAUGUGGCCAAGGACCUCUUCGCACAGCUGGAUGCAGCAAGUGUCGAGGUCUUUGCGACAACAUUCACCCUCAUGAUUGAGGCCUGCGUAGUUGCUCGAGAUCUGAAGUCGGCGAGCGACUUCCUGAUGAAGAUGGAAGCCUCUGGCCACAGCCCAAAUAGCGAGUUGCUGGACAAGGUUCUUGACCUCUACUCGAACCAGAAAUCGCAGAAAGACGUGAGCAAACUGAAGGAGCCUCAGAAUGAGGGCGUCGUCGAUGGUGAAUUCGACAUGGAGGCCAUGUCCCUGACGCGGCAGAAGCUCAAAUCGGAUGCGCCCAUCUUCGUGCCUAGCUUCGGCAUCCCGCCACCUCCACCGAAGCCGAAACCAGUGGAGGAAGAUGACGAAGAAGGUGGCGCGAACGACAGUCCAAGCCAGAGCCGGACCAGACUCACGUCUGCUGCGAAGCCGUUUGAACCGAACCAGUGGACCGAGGGUGCACCGGCUGAAGAGCAGAAAGCUGAAGUGCGAGAUAAGAAAGCCUGGUCCAAACAU